UUUUUAUAAAAAUUUUCAAAAAGAAAAUGGUCAAAACAACCAAAACUACAAAAGAAAGUAAACAACAGCAGCGAGUUAUAAACAAAAAUCUUCAAAAAGACAAACUCUCGCCUGAAAAAAUUAUACAAAAACAACGACUUUUGGAGUUGAGUUUUGGAAAAUUGAAUGCUGAGCUGGCCAAAAAAGAUUCUGAUUUGCUUAAUAGUUAUGGAACUAAGAAAAAUAUUUUUAUGGAUAUACUCAAAAUUCCUCCAGUUAUUGACUUGGGAACUGUUGACGAUAAUAUUAGCAACAAAACUGGAACUAACAAUGUUAGCUUACCACUACGACCAACCAAAUUACAAAUAGAAACAAAACAAGAACUUUUGAAAGAAUCAUUGUUAAGUCGACAUGGACACGGAGUUGUUUUGUUAAAUUCUCCAAGUAAUACAGAAGAAGAGGAAGAGGGGGAUAUUACUUUAAUUGAAGAGAAUGCUCCGAGUAAUAAAAAAUUGAAACAAAAAAUUCCGAAAGGAGGAAAAGUUGAGAAGAAGAAGAAAAUAAUGCCAACUUCAGUCAAAUCUUCAACCUCAAAUCUUCAGUCUUCUCCUAGUAUUUCUACAUUGGUUAAUUUUUCGGCUUCUCAGGGAACAAUUGCAAACACUUCAAUUUUUUCUGAUAUUGAUUUGCGUGAAGAAACUGGAAUUAUAAAACUGAACAAAAAGAUUUUAUCUCGUCAAUCAAAACAGAAAACAGUUGCACAAAUAAAAGAGCAAUUGUGUCAUAGUUGUGUUACCAACAUUGAAAACGCGUCAGUUGAGCGUCUCCCACAAGUGUCUCAACCAUCAACUAGCAAAAAUUCUGAAAAUAGGCGUUUGAGCUAUACAAGAGAAGAAAUUUUAAGUAUUUGCCCUCCAAAACAAGAAAAUUCUUUCGAAGAGUUAUCACUUGAUCAUAAAACUUUUGCAAGUCGGAUACGUUAUGAACAUCGUUCUUCAAAAAUUGAUUUGUCUAAAAAUUAUAAAUUGGUUGGGCUUCGAUAUUAUCAACAAAUUUUGGGCAAAGAAAUUGUUCCCAACACAAAUAAAUUUCUUCGAAUACCAUUGUCUGUUGUGUCAUUUAACGUCUUAUGUCAACAUUAUGUGAAUGUAAUGUCUCAUUUAUAUCAACAUUUAAGGGGUGCUAAAAGUGCCCAUAAAUUAUGGAAUUCCAGAAAGCAAAAACUUGAGUUGGAAUUUGAUCGGAUUGAUGCAGAUAUUUUUUGUUUACAAGAAGUUCAAGACGUUCAUUAUGAAGAAUUUUAUCUUCCUUAUUUUACAAGCAGAGGAUUCCAAGGUCUUUUUACUCGCAAAACGGGCGGUUUACAAACCCCGGAUGGAUGUGCUAUUUUUUGGCGUCAAUCAAAAAUUACUUUACUUUAUAUAAACCAAGUUUCUUUCAAUUUAUUUAUCCCUCCUACUAUGAACAGUCCAAAUAUUGGACAAGUGGCUAUAUUUGGAUUAAAUGAUUGCUUAUACAAUUCUUCAGCAUUUUGUAUUUCAAAUACUCACAUAUUUUUUCAAAUGAAGAAGGGAGUUAUAAAAUUGGCACAAAUUGCUUAUUUAUUGGGGCAUAUGAAAAAGGCAGAAACUGAAUUUGUGGCUUCAAUGAAGUUACAAAAAGACCCCAUAAGAAAAUAUAAUUUUGUUGGGCAUAUACUUUGUGGUGAUUUUAAUAUUGAACCUACGUCUCCAUUACAUCGUAGUACUAUGGCGUUGAGACCGACUUCUAAUACAAUUCCUUCAACUCCGCCAUCAAGUACCAGUAUACCUCUUGCAUUGAUGAAAAUGACAAAAAAUUGUGAACUUGUUGAUUCAAAGGAUCUUGUUGAUCCUCAAUUAUUUAUUGUUAAACAAAACACUAGUGACUUUCUAUCUCACGACUUUUCGUUUGCUUCAGUCUAUGAACAUUUUAAUGCUAUUGGAGAGCCAGAAAUUUCCAGUUAUCAUAUGGAAGAAUCUACCCCAGAUUUUAUUUUGUAUACAAUUCCAAAGAAUACUCAAAAAUUCGAGCAAGAUGUUUGUUUUUUUAUUUUUAUUAUAAUUUACAUGGUGUUUUGGGAGGGUUGUUAG